GGCCUACAUACACAGACCGAGAGACAGAGAGAGAGCAAAAAAAAGCAACACAGUGUAGCAAACAGGGAAGCAGGUAAGCGGCGCGUGGAGCAGCCGGAAGCAGCAACAGCAGCAGCAGCAGCAACAGCAGCAGCAUCGCGAUUUGGACGUAGCGCGACAACCGGGAACCCGGCUGACAUUCUUGCGGCCAGCGGGGUGGAGGAUAGGAGGAGGGGGCACCUACACGGCAACGCAUUCUCGCUGGCAGUCCGUCCCUCGCACAGGUUUUUCUCCCUCUCUCCAUCUAAACCGUCGCUUCUUCGUCGUUAAGAUGGCUGACCCAAGCAGCGACGACGGAGAGGCACCGGAGAGCGCGCGCGGCUUCGCCCGACAGGGAGCCCUUCGACAGAAGAACGUGCACGAAGUCAAGAACCACAAGUUCAUCGCGCGCUUCUUUAAGCAGCCUACCUUUUGCAGCCACUGCACAGACUUUAUAUGGGGCUUCGGAAAGCAAGGAUUUCAGUGCCAAGUGUGUUGCUUCGUGGUCCAUAAACGCUGCCAUGAGUUCGUCACCUUCUCCUGUCCGGGCGCAGACAAGGGGCCUGCGUCGGACGACCCUCGUAGUAAACACAAGUUUAAAGUCCACACCUACUCCAGUCCCACCUUCUGCGACCACUGUGGCUCUCUCCUCUAUGGCUUGCUACACCAGGGCAUGAAAUGUGACCACUGCAUGAUGAACAUCCACAAGCGGUGUGUGGCUAAUGUCCCCAGCCUGUGUGGAACAGACCACACGGAGAGGAGAGGACGCAUCUACAUCACUGCCAAGAUGGUGGAGGAAGCUCUCACUGUCACGGUCCAAGAGGCCAGGAAUCUGGUUCCCAUGGACCCCAACGGCCUGUCAGACCCCUACGUCAAGCUGAAGCUGAUCCCAGACCCCAAAAGCGAGAGCAAGCAGAAAACCAAGACCAUCAAAUGCUGCCUCAACCCAACGUGGAACGAGACCUUCAUUUUCAAGUUGAAAGAUACGGACAAAGACCGCCGGCUGUCCGUAGAGAUCUGGGACUGGGACCUGACCAGCAGAAACGACUUCAUGGGCUCCCUCUCUUUCGGCAUCUCAGAGCUCCAGAAACAAGCAGUAGAUGGAUGGUUCAAGCUCCUGGGACAGGAGGAAGGAGAAUAUUUUAAUGUCCCCGUGCAGCCAGAAGGUGAAGAGGGAAACGAGGAGCUACGCCAAAAGUUUGAGAGGGCCCGGGUGGGCCCAGGGAAGUCCAGUGGGGGGGGGGACUCCUCUUCCUCGGUGUGUAGGUACGACAGCAACGGAAACCAGGACCGCGUCAAGCUGUCUGACUUCACCUUCAUCAUGGUGCUGGGCAAGGGCAGCUUCGGGAAGGUGAUGCUAGCCGAGCGCAAGGGCGCAGAGGAGCUGUACGCCAUCAAGAUCCUGAAGAAGGACGUGGUGAUCCAGGACGACGACGUGGAGUGCACCAUGGUGGAGAAGAGGGUGCUGGCCCUGUCCGGGAAGCCACCCUUCCUCACCCAUUUGCACUCCUGCUUCCAGACCAUGGACCGGCUGUACUUUGUGAUGGAGUACAUUAACGGUGGAGACCUGAUGUACCAGAUCCAGCAGGUGGGCAAGUUCAAGGAGCCCCACGCUGUGUUCUACGCUGCCGAGAUCGCCAUCGGCCUUUUCUUCCUGCACUCCAAAGGCAUCGUCUAUCGGGACCUGAAGCUGGACAACGUCAUGCUGGACUCGGAGGGACAUAUAAAGAUUGCUGACUUCGGCAUGUGCAAGGAGAACAUGCUGGACGGGGUCACCACCAAGACCUUCUGCGGCACACCGGACUACAUCGCCCCCGAGAUCAUAGCCUACCAGCCGUACGGGAGAUCUGUGGACUGGUGGGCGUUUGGAGUGCUGCUCUACGAGAUGCUUGCAGGACAGCCGCCGUUUGAUGGAGAGGAUGAGGACGAGCUAUUCCAGUCCAUCAUGGAGCACCAUGUGUCCUACCCCAAGUCCAUGUCCAAAGAGGCCGUCGCCAUCUGCAAAGGGCUGAUGACCAAGCACCCAGGGAAGCGUCUGGGGUGUGGACCGGAGGGGGAGAGGGACAUAAAGGAGCAUGCCUUCUUCCGCUACAUCGACUGGGAGAAGCUGGAGAACAAGGAGGUCCAGCCGCCAUUCAAACCUAAAUCGUGCGGGCGUGACGCGGAGAACUUUGACCGUUUUUUCACACGCCACCCCCCCGUGCUGACCCCCCCAGACCAGGAGCUUAUAGCCAACCUGGACCAGGAAGAAUUCAACGGCUUCUCAUUUGUUAACUGCGAGUUCUCCCUCACGAGUCACUGACCAUAUCCCACCAAUCAGGGCCCGGCCCGGCCCCCU